CGAGUUGUCCCAAUUGCAAACUUGUCCGACUUGAAACAACGGUUCCAAAACACCAUGUGGAGUGUCAUCUGUCCAAGUUAGCCCUUUAUUUAUUCUAGUGUUAUAAUAUUUCGGAGCAAAACUAUGAACUUGUUACCACGUACCGCCGAGGAGUUCAGUUCGGCAGAGUACUGGGAAAGAUUCUUUAAGAAGCGCGGAGAGAAGUCCUUCGAGUGGUAUGGCGACUACAACAAACUGUGUGGGCUGCUGCAUAAGUACAUCAAAACACAAGACAAGGUGCUGGUGGUCGGCUGCGGCAACUCUGAGCUGAGCGAGCAGCUGCACGACGUCGGCUACAAACAUCUGACCAACAUCGACAUCAGCGAGACCGUCGUGUCCCAUAUGAACCAGAGGAACGCCGACCGUCGGCCCGGCUUGACCUUCCAGCAGGUGGACGCCACUCGGACGCCGUACGAGGACGCGCGCUUCCAGGCGGCUCUGGACAAGGGCACUCUGGAUGCCAUGGCGGCCGAGGAAGAAGGAGCGCUGGCGAGGAAUAUGCUCGCUGAGGUAGGCCGCGUGCUGAGUGUGGGCGGGAGAUACGUGUGCGUCACGCUGGCUCAGGAGUCCGUGAUCCGCCUGGCUGUGGAGCACUUUGCCCAGCUGGGAUGGGCGGUGAGGCUCCACUGCCUGCAGGAAGAAACCAGCGCGGAUGAGGCGGAGGGCUCCUUCGCUCUGCCCGUUUUCGUCCUGGUCUGCACCAAGUUCCGCCAGCCCAUGCCGACGCCCAUUUUGGAGAUGUGCCUCGGCGAAGACGGGGCCCCGACCCGCCUCGCGCUGGUGGCGGAUUUGCUGACGGCCGUGCGGGAGCGUCAGGCGUACUCGGUCCUGAGGAAGAAGCUCCGCACCGGGACGGACGCCGGCGCCAACCUGUCGCUCACUCUGUGCCAGGCCAAGACGGGGCUGCCCAGAUACACGCUGACUGUGCAGGAUUCACCACCCGGGACCAAAGUGCCGAGGUCCAACCCGUUUGCCAUUUUUAUUGUGCCUCAAGGGAGUGAGACAGCGUGGCUCUACAGCUCCAGCGAGGGACGCCGGCAGCUGGCAGCCAGCGCUAACUUUCGCCGCCUGCUCAUCGUGGCCAUGCACAGGAAUCAGGAGUACGCGGACAUGCAGGCCGUCCAAUCAGAGCUCUCGCCGAUGGUGAUGGACCUGGCUCCGCCGGGAAUGGCCGACAAUCAGCAGGUCCCCUUUCUUUCCGUCGGCGGCGACCUGGGCUGGCGAGAGAUAGUCAGCAGGGGCGUGAGCAAGCACAGUGGCGAGUACUGCGUGGAGAACGUCAGAGGGGAGGACGGCGAGCUGUACCGUAGACUGGUCUUCCUGUCCAACGUGGAUCUGGUACAGUCCGAGAGUCGCCUCGUCUCCUCGAAUAGCGCAUCCAGUCACAAGAAGAAGAGCAAAAAGAAAAGCAAACAAUCCUCGGCGGCGCCGCCGUCGUCCUCUCUGUCAGUGCACAGCGGCUUCCUGUGCUGCACUCACCAUCAAGUUAUGGUCGCUGGCCUCGCCAUGCUGGACUUGGACAUGGAGAACGACAAAGAUGUCCCUGUGUCGGUGCUCCUGGUGGGUCUGGGAGGAGGAGGCCUGCCUCAGUUCCUGCGGGACUUUGUACCCGGUGUUUCUGUGGAGGUGGUGGAACUGGAUCCAGCGGUGCUGGAAGUGGCCAAGGAGUGGUUCUGCUUUCGACCCGACGAUCACCUGACCGUCACGCUCGGAGACGGCCUGGAACGCAUCUGUGCCUUGGAAAAAGAAGGCGGACGCUUUUUUGACGCCAUCAUGUUCGACGUGGACAACAAAGACAGCACGGUGGGUAUGAGCUGUCCGCCUGCUGCCUUUGUAGAAAACGCCGUAUUGCACCAAGUCAGUCGCCUUCUAACCCCUAAAGGUGUUUUCAUACUUAACCUUGUGUGCCGAGACUCCGCCUUGAGGAAAGUCGUGCUGGAGCGUGUGAGCCGCGUGUUCCCGACGAUCCUCUUCAGGGCGAUCGACGGGGAGGUGAACGAGGUGCUCCUCUGCGCUCGCGGGGAAAAUGUCCCGUUAGCGUCGCUCAAGCGAGCGAGCGGCCGCCUGCAGAGCGCGCUGCGCUCGGACGUGAGCAGGGGGCCCCAGAUAGACAUUGCAGACCUGUUGAAAGACUUGAGAGUCGCGUGAGAGCAUCAGGCACUAAGUAUGGAAGUAUUCAUGUACAAAACCCAAAACCAGUGAAGUUUAGCGCAUUGCGUAAAUGGUAAAUAAAAACAGAAUAUAAUAAUCUGCAAAUAAUUUUCAACUUAUAUUCAAUUGAAUAGACUGCAAAGACAAGAUAUUUAACGUUCAAACUGAAUUUUUUUUUUUUUUUUUCAAAUAUUAGCUCAUUUGGAAUUUGAUGGCCGCAACAUUUUUCAAAAAAGCUAGCACAAGUGGCAAAAAGGACUGAGAAAGUUGAGGAAUGCUCAUCAAACACUUAUAUGGAACAUCCCACAAGUGAACAGGCUAAUUGGGAACAGGUGGGUACCAUGAUUGGGUAUAAAAGCAGCUUCCAUGAAAUGCUCAAGUCAUUCACAAACAAGGAUGGGGCGAGGGUCAUCACUUUGUGAACAAAUGCGGGAGCAAAUUGUCCAACAGUUUAAGAACAUUUCUCAACCAUCUAUUGCGAGGAAUUUAGGGAUUUCACCAUCUACUGUCUGUAAUAUCAUCAAAAGGUUCAGGGAAUCUGGAGAAAUCACUGCACGUAAGCGAUGAUAUUAUAUGUUGCCUUCCUAGCAACGUUAUCAUGGACGCCCCUGCUUAUUUCAGCAAGACAAUAAUGGCAAGCCACGUGUUACAACAGCGUCGUUUCAUAGUAAAAGAGUCCGGAAAGCCUAUCUCAAUCUCUGCGUCUGUAAUCCAAUACCCGUGUACUAGUUUGUCGGUAUAACAUUUGCAUAUUUUAUUUUGUGUCCGUAUUUAGAAUAUUGUGUUUGUAAAAACAAAUCUGUCUGUAUUACGAUCUGUGUGUGUGUGUGUGUGUGUGUGUGUGUGUGUGUGUGUGUGUGUGUGUGUGCGUGCGUGCGUGCGUGCGUGCGUGUGUGCGUGCGUGCGUGCGUGCGUGCGAGAGAGAGUGUGAGAGUGUGAGAGUGAGAAAAACAAUCAGAAUCCCAAAUACUUUAUUAAUCCCAGAGGGGAAAUUGAGAUUUUAAGCAAAAUCCCAUUCAAGAGCGGACAACAUUAGAGCAGGGGCCCCCAAACUACGGCCCUGCGGAAGUCUAAAGGUUUUUAGGGAGCGAAUGUCCCUUUAGGACAGAGGACCCUAUUGUAUUUCUAAGGUUUUAUUAUUAUUAUACCGCCGCCUCUUUGAGCUGUAAUUUGACCCCCAUAACAUGCUUUAAAAUUCACCGCAUUUAACACACACAUCAGGCCUGGCGAAAAUUGCGAUCUAAUCAAAAAACCAAAACUCUAAAUUGCGCUCUAGCGCCCCCUAGGAAAAACACAGACAAAACUGCUUGUAACUUCCAUUAGGAAUGUCAUAGAGACAUGAAACAAAAACCUCUAUGUAGGUCUGACUUACACCUAUAUUUCAUAGACUGACCUCCUUCAGCAAAAAUCAACAGGAAGUUGGCAAAAACCCAUUCAAAACAAAAGUUUCCUAAAAAAUGUAAUUUUUGCCUUUUAAAGCUGUAAUUUGACCCCCUUAAAAUUCUUCGAAACUCACCAAACUGGACACACACGUCAGGACUGGCAAAAAUUGCAAUCUAAUAAAAAAGCCAAACCCCAAAACUCAAAAUGGCGCUUUAGCGCCCCCAAGGAAUAAAACAGACAAAACUGCCCCUAGGAAGAAAACGUUGACAAAACUGCUUGUAACUUCCGGUAGGAAUGUAGUAGAGACAUGAAACGAAAACCUCUAUGUAGGUCUCACUUAGGCCUACAUUUCAUUCAUUUACAUCCUUCAGCAAAAAUCAACAGGAAGUUGGCAAUUACCCCUUCCAAACAAAAGUUUUGUAAAAACCUGUCACCUUUUUUCAAACAUUAUCUCCUCUGAGCGCGUUUGUUGUGUCGGCUUCAUUGAUUGAACCCUUCUGAUUAAAAGUUGAGAAAAGAGGUUUAAUAA